CGGCGGGGUUUUCUCCCGGGCUGGGCUGACGGCCGCGGCCGGGAACUUUGGGAGCGUGCGGGCGCCAGCGGCCGUUCGAGCGGCAGGCAAGCAAGAUAUUGUGCUGUUAUCCAGUUGUCAUAGUUGAUUUCACUCUACAAAUCUUCAAGAUUCCUACUGGAGUGAAAGUGUCAGUUGUGAUAAUGACAACUGAAGUUGGUUCAGAGACCGAAGUAAAGAAGGAUUCUGAGCAACUGGGACCACACAAAGCCAAGGACAGGCCUGAGGAAGCAUCAGAGACUCCAGGAGAUCAAAAGUCCAGGGAAACAUCCUCUGGAGAGGCUCAAGAUUCUUCUGUCCCAGCACCAACUAGCAAAAGUAGUCCAAGUAGCCAGAAGAAGGAAAAAUCUUCACCUGAAAGCAAGGGUAUUUCUCGUUUCCUUCCCCCUUGGCUUAAGAAACAAAAGUCAUACACCUUGGCAGAGCCCAAAGAUGAGCCCAAGAAGAGGGCCACGGGGGAAGAGCAAGUAGUUGAAGAAAGUGAAAGCCAGGCACUAGAGGGGGUGGCUCAGCCAAGAAAGAGCUUGGAAGAAGCAACUGAAAACCGGCAGAAUGCUAAAGCAGAUGACAAAGAAAAACACUCAGUUAGCAGUGCUGAAAUACAGCCUUCCAAAGAAGAUGGUAAAGAAACAGAAGUAGAGGAAGUGGCAGAGAAAAAGGAAGAAAGCCAAGAAGAAAAAAGGGAGACAAAAGAAGUGCAGACAGCUGAAAUUAAAAUAGAUAACAUUCCUCAGAAGUCUCCAAAGAAAAUCAAAACUGUGCAGUGUAAGGUGAUGCUUCUGGAUGGCACGGAAUACAUCUGUGACCUAGAGAAAAGAGCAAGAGGACAAGUGCUGUUUGACAAAGUAUGUGAACACCUCAAUUUACUGGAAAAGGACUAUUUUGGGCUGUUGUUUUAUGAGAAUUCAGAGCAGAAGAACUGGCUAGAUCCUUCGAAGGAAAUUAAGAGACAAAUUCGAAGUCUACCUUGGAUAUUCACCUUUAAUGUGAAGUUUUAUCCCCCUGAUCCGUCACAGUUGACUGAAGACAUCACUAGGUAUUUCUUGUGCCUACAGCUUCGCCAGGAUAUUGUAUCUGGCCGACUGCCAUGUUCUUUUGUGACUCACGCCCUCCUUGGUUCAUAUACCCUGCAGGCUGAGCUGGGUGAUCAUGACCCAGAGGAGCACAGCAGUGAUUAUAUCAGUGAAUUCCAGUUUGCACCCAAUCAGACCCAAGAAAUGGAAGAGAAAGUGGCUGAGCUACACAAAACACACAGGGGCUUGACUCCAGCACAGGCGGAUUCCCAGUUCCUAGAAAAUGCUAAGAGACUCUCCAUGUAUGGAGUGGAUUUACAUCAUGCCAAGGAUUCUGAAGGUGUGGAUAUCAUGCUGGGUGUCUGUGCUAAUGGCCUGCUGAUUUACAAAGACAGACUCCGGAUCAACCGCUUCGCUUGGCCAAAAAUUCUGAAGAUUUCCUACAAGCGAAGUAAUUUCUACAUCAAAGUCAGGCCUGCAGAACUGGAACAGUUUGAGAGCACUAUUGGGUUCAAACUGCCAAACCAUCGUGCUGCUAAAAGGUUAUGGAAGGUUUGUGUGGAGCACCAUACUUUCUUCAGACUUCUAUCACCAGAACAGCCUCCAAAAGCAAAGUUUCUGACCUUGGGUUCCAAGUUCCGCUACAGCGGCCGUACGCAGGCGCAGACACGACAGGCCAGCAACCUCAUAGACAGACCAGCUCCGUACUUCGAACGCACCUCCAGCAAACGUGUUUCCAGAAGCCUUGAUGGAGCUCCCAUGGGUAUUUCAGACCAAAGUCUUGUAAGAGACUUCUCUGCUACUGGAGGGCAGGCUGCUGGAGAUAAAAUCAUUGAUCUUGAAGCUGCUGGUCAGGCCAAGUUAAAAGAAGGUGGCAGAGAAGAAGAUGAAAGUCCACUCAAAACUCCACAAUUAGAAUUGACUCAGGAUGGAAAGAGACAUGCUUCCAGAGCAGAAGGGCCUUGUACUGGAGUCAGCGAUGCUGAUAAGAGUUCACAUGAGACUCUGGACAUAGUGGAGGAGAAGAAGCAGGCAGAGUUUGGGAUAGAAGAAACACUAGUCGUAGACGAAACCAACAAAGGGAAAAUGCAAGUUGCCACUGAUGCUGGGGAGACAUGUAAGGUGGAGCACGUGUCAAAAAAGGACUCUUCAUCAUUGCCAUCAGAUAGUAGCAGCAGCAGCAGUAGUAGUGAGAGUGAGGAUGAAGAGGUGGGAGAAUACCAUCCACAUCAUAGGGCAAUUGAGGAAGUCAUCAGGGAAGAACAGGAAGAAGAGGAAGACAUGAAAAGGAAAGAACAUGAAGAAAAUACUCAGCAUGUGGAAGCCAUACCAGAAGGCAGUAAACUAAAUGUACCAGUUGAGCACACACAAGUUACAGCUGAAGAUUUGGUCCAGGAAAAUACAAUUACUGUAGCUACAGAAGAGAAGAAUUUGUCAGAGCAAAUUAAGCAAGAUGUAGGUGAAGAAAAAGAGGAGGAACAGCUGAAACUCAAUGGAGAUGUGUCUCAUGUUGACAUUGAUGUUGCACCACAAUUAAUUUGUUGUUCUGAGCCUCCAGUAGUGAAAACAGAGAUGGUAACCAUUUCAGAUGCCACACAGAGAACUGAAAUCUCCACUAAAGAAAUUCCAAUUGUUCAAACAGAAACUAAAACUAUCACAUAUGAAUCUUCGCAGCUUGAUGGCAAUGCUGUUGGUGAUACUGGUGUGCUGGUGAGUGCACAGACAAUUACAUCAGAGUCCAUUUCUACUACCACAACUACACACAUCACAAAGAUGGUAAAAGGUGGAGUAUCAGAAACAAGAAUUGAGAAGCGCAUUGUCAUUACCGGAGAUGCAGAUAUUGACCAUGACGAGGCCCUGGCACAGGCAAUCAAAGAAGCCAAAGAACAGCACCCUGACAUGUCUGUGACGAGAGUGGUGGUGCACAAAGAAACAGAGCUUGCUGAGGAAGAUGAAGACUAAAAUAAAAAAUGCCCUCAAGCAAAUACUUCAG